AUGGGUGGACAAUUCUAUUUGGAUCUUAAGGCAGUCUUGUUCUACAUCUCCAUCUUCACCAACAGUGAGCUCCUCCUCCACUCCAACGUUGACACGUUCAUCGUGGUAAGGUCAGCUGUCCCCAUCUUUGUUGCAGUGCGAGAGACCCUCUUCUUGCACCAGCCAUGGCCGUCGGUAAAGACUUGGCUCUCCCUCGCCACCAUCUUCGGUGGAAGUGUGCUUUAUGUGCUAACAGAUAAUCAGUUCAGUGUCAUGGCGUAUAGCUGGGGAGUGGCCUACUUGGUGAGCAUGUCCAUAGACUUCGUUUACAUAAAGCAUGUGGUUAUGAACAUAGGUUUAAAGACUUGGGGCCUUGUCCUCUACAAUAAUCUCGAGGCUCUCGUGUUGUUUCCAUUGGAGUUGCUGGUAAUGGGAGAGUUGGAGAAGCCUCGGCUGAGGCCGUGGACGAGGGUGAUGCCUAGGCGGAGGUUGGAGAGGUGGGCUGUGAGGGAGUUUGGAGCUCUUGGGCUUGCUCUUGGUGAUGGGUUUGGGCUUGAGUUGGAGCCCAACCCAAGCUUGAUGGUGGGGGUAGCAUCUUCUCAAAUAAGUGGGCUGUGA